GCCAAUAUAAAUACCAUUCUUUCCCCUGACUAUUUUCCAUAAGCUCACUCCUCUCCCGAGCCAACAUCUGUCUGUAAUAUUGAAACAUUAGUAGACCAGCUUCUUCACCAAUCAAAACAAUCCCUACAUAUGGAUUAUAGAUAUGAGUCAUCUGACAACUCGAGUGGCAGGAACAAGUGUGCCGCGUGCUUUAGGCAGUUCAACAAAAUGGAACACCUGGUGGAUCACAUGAGGACGUCCUUCCACUCUGUGCAUGAAUCCAAGUGCGGGAUCUGUAGGAAGCACUGCAGAUCCUUUGAGUCCCUCAGGGAACAUCUUAUCGGACCAUUGCCUAAACAAGAAUGCAAGAACAUCUUCAAUAUCCGAGGAUGCAGAUAUUGUUUAACCAUUCUCGAAAGCUCAAAUGCCCGCAGGGUUCACCAAGAAAGAUGCCAAUUCUCUAAUGUUAAUGCGGUAGGACUACUUGCUCGAAUGGCUACCCUGGGCAUACGAGAUAGCUUGAAUAUUGACAAUGGCUACUCCAGAGGAACACAAGUAGUUGCACUGGCCUGCAAGAUGGUUGGAGGAGGAAGUGAUGGCUCCCUCGACCUUUGCGGAAGGGUUUGCCUCAUUGAUGAAAAUGAGAAUAUUCUUUUCCACUCUUAUAUCAAACCAUUGAUUCCAGUCACGAAUUACAGGUAUGACACCACAGGGAUAAGGCCAGAAUACCUGAGGGACGCAAUGCCACUACGCCAAGCCCAAAAGAAGAUUCAAGAUUUCCUUUGUAAUGGAGAGCCCAUGUGGAAAGUCAAACCUAGAGGGGGAAGGGCUAGGAUUCUUGUCGGUCAUGGCUUGGACCACGACCUUGACCGUCUGCAAGUGGAAUAUCCAGCUGUGAUGAUCAGGGAUACAGCAAAGUACCCUCCAUUAAUGAAGACAAGCAAGCUCAGCAACUCACUUAAGUACCUAACACAAGCCUAUCUUGGGUAUGAUAUUCAAACCGGGAUCCAGGACCCAUUUGAAGAUUGUGUGGCAACAAUGAGACUGUAUACUCGAAUGAGAUCCCAGCGACAUGGGGCAGAAGAUUACUCACUUGCCUCAGACCCACAGAACCGAAACAACCUCGCCGCAUGGAGGCAAAGUGAGCUGGAGAGGAUGAGCCCAGAAGGUCUGCUGGCAUUAUCCAGAUCAGACUUCUACUGUUGGUGCUUGGAUUCCUGAGUUAUCUCAAACGCCGCUAAAAUCGAUUAAGAACCUAAGUAGAGACGUAUUCAUGGAAAAGAGACACAAGUUCUUUUUACUCCUCCACCCCCCUUUCUGACAAAAGUGUGGCAGCCUAAGAAUAUAUUAUUCAUGAGUAUAUCUUCCGAAUAGGAGAUACAUUUAUGUUCUUGUGUUCUGUAUGCAUUCUAUGUUAGUAUGUAAGCUAUUUCAAUAAAUCAGGACUUAUUAAAGUUGUU